GGGGCAGAGAUGGACCUGGGUUUUCUGAUUCACGCUCUGAUUCCGUCCUGGAACUCCGUUGCUUUACUGGUGGGAUUCUUUACUUACUUGGCGAUUGCUGGAGCCAUUGUGCCUGGAAAAGUUGUUCCUGGGGUGAUUUUGGCGGAUGGAACUCGUCUUCAAUACCGCUGCAAUGGUUUGUUCUCACUACUUCUGUUGGUUGCUCUUGGAAUCAGUGCCAAUAUGGGUUUCAUAUCGCUCACCGUUAUAUCUGAGAGAGGACUGGAGCUGCUGUCCACAACUUUUAUCUUCAGUUUUCUUGUGACUCUGGUACUCUAUUUUGCUGGCUGCAAGUCACGCAGUAAAGAUUCAUCUCUAAAACCUCAUAUCAGUGGAAAUCUUAUUCAUGACUGGUGGUUUGGGAUACAGCUGAAUCCUCGUUUUAUGGGUAUCGACCUCAAAUUUUUCUUUGUUAGAGCUGGAAUGAUGGGGUGGCUUCUUAUCAAUUUAUCAGUUCUUGCUAAGAGUGUUCGAGAUGGUACCUUGGGCCAACCAAUGAUCCUCUACCAAUUGUUUUGUGCGUUAUACAUUCUGGACUAUUUCGUGCAUGAGGAGUACAUGACAUCCACAUGGGACAUAAUCGCAGAGAGACUGGGAUUCAUGUUGGUCUUUGGAGAUCUAGUAUGGAUUCCCUUCACUUUUAGCAUACAGGGAUGGUGGCUUUUGUUGAACAAGGUGGAGCUACCAACUGCUGCUGUUAUUGCAAAUUGCUUCAUCUUCCUGAUUGGGUACAUGGUAUUUCGAGGAGCUAACAAGCAAAAACAUGAUUUCAAAAAGAAUCCAAAGGCUCUAAUAUGGGGUAAGCCUCCAAAAGUCAUUGGAGGCAAGUUACUUGCUUCUGGUUAUUGGGGCAUUGCUAGACACUGUAACUACCUGGGGGAUCUGCUUCUUGCUCUCUCCUUUAGCUUACCUUGUGGCAUAAGUUCACCAGUUCCAUACUUCUAUCCAAUUUAUCUUCUAAUUCUGUUGAUCUGGAGGGAGAGAAGGGAUGAAGCUCGUUGUGCACAGAAGUAUAAAGAAAUAUGGGCGCAAUAUCGUCAACUAGUUGCAUGGAGGAUUCUGCCUUACGUAUACUAAGAAACAUCCUUCAAUGUGUUGACCGCAGGACACCCCUGCCAGAGAUCUUGAGCUUCCAUGCUUUGUUGAUCACACAUUUGAUUGAACAGAAAAAAUGGAUCUCUUGCUAGUGAGUUACUAUUGUACAUUAUAGCGUGCUUUUUUGACGAGUAAUGAGGGAGAUUAUCAAUUUGGUUUAGUUUAACCCUGAUCACUGUGUUUUGAGAUUAAGCAUGUUACAAAUCUUGCGUUCUCAAA